AUGUAUCUUUCGUUGCAAGAAACACUCAAAGCCCACGCACCACAAUAUCAUAGAACCGCGCAAGGACAAGCCGACUGGAAGGAAAGGCCAGUCCCUCGCGACGGUGGGGAGAGUAUGUCGGACCAGGAGUCAGGGCCGGGCUUCACCGGCAGGUACGUGGCUGGGCUGCGGUACAUGGAGAGCUCUCGGGUGGCGCAGCUGCUGCUGGUGGACCCGCUGGCCGGCAAGCUGGCGGGUGCCAAGGGGCUAGAGCUCGCGCAGCGAGAACUUGAGAACCUGGAGCGGGACCAGGGACCCGGCCGGCAUUUGCGUGUUCCCGCACGCACCCGGCUGAUAGACGACCUAUUGGAGCGGGAGCUGGGGCCCCUGGUGGCAGCGGCCCCAGCUGGCACCGGCGUGGCGGCGCAGGUGGUCGCUUUUGGUGCAGGCAUGUGCACACGCGCCUGGCGGCUGCGCUGCCUGUCGCGUGUGUCCCUGUUGGAGCUGGACCUGCCUCACAUGGCGGCGCUCAAGAGACAGCUGCUGGCGGAGGCGGGCGCCGCCACGGUCAGCGGCAGCGAUAACAGCAGCUGUGACGCCGGGGCAGGAGAGGACCAGCAGACCGCCGCCUUCCCACUGCACGCCGCUCGCUACGCCUGCAUCGGUGCCGACCUGUCCGCCGUGGGCGCAGACGAGGCCACUCCAGGCGAAGCCGCCGUCGCCGCCGUCGCAGCGGCGCUGGCCGCCGCCCUGAAGCCGCACGGCUUUGACCCAGCCCUACCCACGGUGUGGGUGGCGGAGGCUCUGUUGUACUACAUGCCGCUGCCGGCGGCGGCGCGGCUGCUGGCGGCGGCGGCGGCGCUGUCGGCGCCGGGCAGCCGGCUGGUUGCCACGGUGCUUGACCGAGAGCUGCUGGAGGCGAGCAGGAGCGGCGUGGACGAGGGCCACGUGUUCAAGGACCUGUGGUUCUUCGACGCGGAUGAGAUGUUGUACGGCGCCGCGGCAGCCGCCUUCCAGGCCGCUUGGGCCGUGGACUGGCCCGCCACCGCGCUGAUGCCUGGGAGGACCGAGGCAUCACCUGGGGCAGCGGCAGGGGCGGAGGCGGCGGGGGCGGAGGCGGGGGAAGGAGCGGGAGAAGGUGCACGAGUUGAGGACGCUGCGCGGCCGCUGCCGCCCAGUACGCGGCAGCUGGCGGCGGCGCGGCUGGGUGCGGACACGUACGUGGCGCUGUAUGGCGGCGCUGAGCUGCUGUUCGUGGCCGGACUCAACUCGUGAUGGGUCAGGAGUCAGGAGUCUGGUCUGUCAGAGAUCUCCGCGCGGGCGAAGACAUGGCGUGGUGUGAUGUGGUAUGACGUGGUGUGGCGUCGCAGUGGCGUAGUAGUGGCGUGUGAAUUAUCAACUGGGACGAAGUACGUUGUCAGGUUUGCAAGAGCCCUUACCAAGAAUUAACGAUGUUACUGUGCAGCAAAUGUAGCACAGGGUGGCAUAUGCACUGCCUCACGCCUCCCCUAGAGAGCGUGCCUCAAGGUCGGUGGUACUGCCCCCCGUGCGAAGCCAACUUCCGCGCAAAACGAACAAAGAGAAAUGAUACAACUCCCACAAGACGCUCCAAGCGUUUACAACGCUGAGGACUGGCCGAGGACGUCCAGUCCAUCAGGGGGAGAGUGUGGGCGGAACGCCCGCCAAGAUGAGACACGAUGAGAGGCACGGCCGAUGGCGCCGAGUUAAGCCAUCACCACGCCCAGUGUUCCAGCCAGAUCUACUGUUACGAUCCCUGUUCGAGACAGGGCUGGGCCCUAACUUAUGGCUCUU